UGCUCACAAUUUGCUCCCAAAUGCAACUCAAGUGGAUAUCCAGUUCCUCCCUGUAAAACAUUAUGUAGAGAGACUCAGCUUCGGUGCAACUUUUUUCUGGCUGUGUUUACCCUGCAAUGGCCUCAGGAGCUUAACUGUGAACUAUUGCCUGAUAGUCCUGAUCCUGACAUAUGUGUUGGUUAUCAAGAAAAUCGAUUGCUUACUACUGGAGCUCAUUAUUGCGAUGGCAAUGGUUUCCGAUGCGAUUCAUCGCGUUGUAUACCAUCUCAAUGGAGAUGCGAUGGAUUUGCCGAUUGUCGAGACUUUUCCGAUGAAAAUGACUGCAAUAACUGUACAGACAAACAGUUUCAUUGCGGAAAUAAGGUUUGCAUAUCAAAGGGAGAAAUAUGUGACGGAAUUAAGGACUGUCCGGAUGGCAGGGAUGAGAGACAGUGCUUAAGAUUAAAUAAAUCAAUGAAAGAGACGGGUGAGGGUAGACUCGAGGCCUGGAAUGUCGAGACCAACAUAUGGAUGGCUGUGUGCGGAGAGCACUGGAAUACCAGUUAUCAAAGUGAAACGGCUUGUAGACUGUUAGGCUAUCAGAGCUUAAAUGAGACCCGAAUUAGAGAUGAGACGACUACUCAGUCGAUGGAGUUGUAUAAUAGGAUCGGAACGGCUAUUAAUAGACAGACACAGAUGAAGGUAUUGUUUGAUAAAUCGCGUAACAAAGGCUGUAGGAAUGGCAAGAAUAUGACGGUUCACUUAAAGUGCAAUCAUUUCGAGUGUGGAAAGUCGUAUACAAACCUAAAACGUCGUAAACGUCAUCGUCGUAUAGUUGGUGGAACUGAAUCACAUCCGGGUCAGUGGCCAUGGCUUGUGGCCCUUCACGGCGGACCCGAAGAAGUUUUCUUUUGUGGUGGUGUUCUCAUAUCGGAAAGAUGGGUAUUAACUGCCGCUCACUGUAUUGGAAAUCAAACUGAUGUCAGCGGAUGGACUGUCAAUUUAGGUAUCACCCGACGUACGGCGUCGCCAUUUUCUGUGCGAAAGCGCAAAGUAUUGAGUCUAAUAAAGCAUCCGGGGUUUAAUCCCAGUGCUAAUAUGUACUCCAGUGAUAUCGCACUCAUUUUGUUGGAUAGUUCUGUUGAUUUUGAUGAGUUUUUAAGGCCUAUCUGUUUGCCUCCCAGUCCUACAACACGCAUACCUACUGGCACCCGUUGCACAGUCAUUGGUUGGGGUAAAACCAUUCACGAUGACGACGCCGACUAUUUGUCUGCCAUCCAUGAGGUUGAAGUACCGAUUGUUGACCACAAUCGUUGCGCUGAAUGGUACGCCCGACAGGAUGUCUAUAUACCACAGACAAUGCUGUGCGCCGGCUAUGAGUCGGGCCGAAAGGACGCGUGUCAGGGGGACAGUGGGGGUCCACUCCUUUGUCGCAAUGAACACCACAAUUGGUUUGUGGCCGGUGUUGUCAGUUGGGGUAUUAACUGCGCUCAACCAGAACUACCCGGAAUAUAUACAAAUGUUCCCAUGUUUUUGGAUUGGAUUCAAGAUAUGUCCAAACAAAUAGGUUAUCCAUUGGUCAUCGAUUGA